UUCCGACUGUCAAGUUGUACGAUAAAACGAAACUUUGGUGAUCAACGCUACCAUAUGACAAUCUAAGCAAUACACUGAAAUACCUGGGAAUAAACUUAAUUAUAUGAUAUUUUGGCGACAAUUUCUCAAAAGGUUUAAUUCAAUGGCUCCUGUGCUAUUGCCGGUCAAUGUCGAAAUUCUGAUUCGUUCGGAAAUAAUUCAUAAUGAGUGUAGUUGUGACACCAGACAACGCCUCCAACUGAUAGUUUGGACAAUCGUGAACCCGAAGCAUUUAUCACCUUACGGAUUUUGAAGUUACUCUCGGUCGAAAUUUAUCGAAAUAGAUUCGCGAACGACUUUUAUAAACUGUCAGAAGCAAGUUUCAGUCUUUAGGCGAAGCAGCACAACAAAUGGAGUCAGAGAGAAUAAGGAUAUAACUAAUACUACGAUUCUAAUAUUAGUCAGUAUUGUAAAUUUUGCUUUAUAUAUUUACAGCUCUAUAAUUAAUUAAACAAAACUAUAUUAUAUUUAUCAAACUGAAACUUUAAACUUGUUCACUGAAGCAUAAUCAUCACACGCAAUGGCAAGCAUUACUAUGACAUCAAAAGCAAAUUUCUUACUUAUUUCGAGCGCUGCACUCAUAUUUCUAUUUUUGGAUGCCGGUGCAUUGACGGCAGCAUCGCCAGUUCACAGACCUUCAAAAUGUACUAAAUGUACCGAUGCCGAUCGAGCACAAUGUCCCACUGUCGUUCCGGGGCCAAACUGCGAAGUAAUUGAAGAGCCCAAUUGCGGGUGUUGCAAAAUGUGCGCAAAGAAAUUGGGUGAAAAAUGUGGAGUCGCCACUGGACUUUGCGAAACAGGACUUGAAUGUAUUCCGCCUCCGAUGACAUCGGAAGAAUACAGGGACUAUGGCCCCGCAGAUUAUUUUAUGGAAGCUGUCAUGGGAGAUUUCAUCUGUGUCACUCGCCAACAGUUUAUCGAUAUUUUAACCGGAGUUGCAUAUGAAGACGGUGACGAAAACGAGGAAGGCGUAUACAUUCCGGAAUUAUACGAUCCCUUAACAGGCAUGGGUCUUGAAGACAACACCGUUCACACAGUCGAAGUUCCAGACAAUGAACAGCCAGAAAAGCCAACUGAAGAUAUGAGCCAUCUUAAUCCGUUCAUUCCAAAAAUAGAACCAGUGACACAGUCAACCAGACCAGUCGAACCCCCAACAGCUCCAUUCCAAAAUGCACCGGAACCAUGCAUUUAUCACGCAGAAAAAGUUUGGGGAAAACUCCACUUUGAUCCCCAUGAGUGGAUUCCAAGUUGCGAAAAAGACGGACAUUAUUUCCCAGAACAGUGCGAAUUAUCAUAUGGACUUGAACGCGGUCGUUGUUGGUGCGUCGACCGUGAUGGAAAUCCCGUCUCAAAAUUCACACCAGGCGACGAAGCUAGACCCGAACUAUGCCUUCCCAAGUUCAAGAAAAUAUAAGCAGCGUCAUCACAAAGAUGGUCAUGCGUGACCAGUAGAUGUUGUUACGUAAAUGACGCAACGUCAUUUCGGUGUUGUCUGCUACUAUCGUUGUUGAGGAAGCGUUGUCGGAAAAGGUGGACUCGGGACAUGGUGGCGCCACCAGGCAGUCAAUUGAUUGAUAUGAUAAAAUCAAAACACAGAAAAUUGAUGGCUUUUUACUAGAUUGUGACCCAAUAUAUCAUUUUGACCGCCUUACGAUUGGUUCUAAUUUAGGAAACAGUGUUUAUUUUUAUGCACAUGCUAAUAAUAUCACAGAGCCCGAGAAUUGGCCUCUUUCGGCUUUUCAUAACUCCCAAUUAAAUGUCAACAACUCCUUCCUGUGCGUAUUGCGGGAAAGUAUACAAACAUGUAAUCAGAGAAUUGCGUCGGAAGUCUGGCUUAUCAUUCCUUACAGUUCAACGAAAAUGUCACCUCCUUUUUUUUACUGGAACAAACCUGCUCCUGCAUAGUAUGAGUCACAUCACAAUAACAUAUCUUGCACGCAUUAUUUAAGUUUUUUCACUAGAUCACAAUAUUUUAUAGUCCGCAUAAUCGAAACACAUAACUUAUGUAACGCCAAAGAUAAACAAACGUUAGCUCAAUCAAUUAAUUAACCGAAUUGUUUUAAAUUAUGAAAAUAUAUUCCGAACAUUUGCUACAAUAUCUGAGACAAAAUGCGCUAUUUUUCAAAAAUACUCUAUUUUAUUUAUUUUUUAAACUUUCGUACUUUUCAUUCUUUCUCAUAUUUAUUGUGACGCACCACUGUUUCGUCACAAUUGUGAUCAUUGUUUCGUCACUUAUUUAUUUAUUUAUACACAUUAUGUUGCCUAUUGUGCUGCUGCAGCUUUAUUGUAAUAACUAAAGUCAGAAGCUUUAGUUUAAUAUAUUUUGUAGUUCUGUAAAGUUCUUCACGAGUUGUUAGUAUUUAUUAUUAUAUUAAAUUGUGACGUGCUACGUUCAAAUUGUUAUUAUUAUUGUUAUUUAUUACAGAAUAAUAAAAGCUUCGUUUAAUCAAA